AUGCAGGGUAGGCAACGUAUCCUGGUGGUGUGCUUGCUGCUUCGGUUCCACACUGCAGGAUGCUUUUCAGGAGAUCAUGAAAACUUUGAGAUAAGAGGUCAGAAAAUGCCAUUUAGCAAUGGAAAACCAACAUUUAUCUACCACCAUCUGCAACGUAUUGAUAAAGCUGCGGACUUGAGCAACAUGGAAAUGCAAAAAAGCAGGAUCAAUGAGCCGUUGUUCCAUAAGUACAUAGAGCGAAGCAGACCUCCUCCUGCUAUGAUUGUCAAAUCGACUUUCCCAAGAGUAUCGAAUGAUCGAAGCUCUCACUUUGUCACGAAUGAUGAUCAGUGGUCAGGGAUUGAAAACCUCCCUAUUCCAGAAGAUGACUUGAUCUCAGUGGCAAUGGAAAUGGAUGUAAAAAAAAUGAACAUCACUUUACUUCGGAUAUUCCGCGAAGGAAUAGCUGCUGCUUUGGGGCUUCUUCCACAGCAAGUUCAUAUUAAUCACCUUAACGUAAAGAAAAACUGCAUUGAAUUUUACAUAUCACCAAUGAAUCGUAAAAGUGGAACGUUGGAUCCAAUACCUUCUGAAGAAGUGAUACAAUUGCUCAAUGUAAAUAUGAUGCAUCAGAGUCUCUCAAAAUUUGGCAUCACACAAGUUACCCCUGAGAAAAAUGCCUUGCAUGGAGACCAUGGCAGGGAUGGACUCUGGAAUAAAGAAGGGAUCUACACGGUUGUCAUAUUUCUCACUGCCUUUGUUAUUAUCAUCACAUGCUUAAUGUUUCUGUACAGGUUGAAGGAGAAACUUCAGUUUCAAAUCAACCAGGAUAAACAACAGCACCAACAUAUCAAUCUUGCUUCCCUCCCUGCACAACAGCCACAACCAGAGGUUAAGGUUGCAAACAGUAUGGUGCAGCCUGGUCCCAUUUCCGGCACUGUGAGCGUUAACAUCGAUCCACAGGGUCAGUCCGCACCAGAGAUCAAACCCUGCAUGGCAUCGGGUCCCUCGCCAUUCAAAAUGAAGCCUGCUUGUCUCCAGGAAAGGCGAGGCUCAAACGUAUCACUUACGUUGGAUAUGAGUACUUUGGGAAACGUUGAAUCAUUCAGUAAUGCACCAACACCCCGUGAGAAAAUAUUUCUGGAAUAUCUACAGACUGCCAGCCGGGUGUUAACCAGAAUGCAACUUAAAGAAAUUGUAGCAAGUGCCCAGUCCUUUCAAGCUGAAUUCAUGGAAAUACCCAUGAAUUUUGUGAAUCCCAAAGAACUGAGUAUCCCAUACAAUGGAACUAAGAAUAGAUAUAAAACUAUUUUGCCAAAUCCACAUAGCAGAGUAUGCCUGAUACCAAAGAGUGGAGAUGAGCCUGUUAGCAGUACCUACAUUAAUGCCAACUACAUCAGGGGUUAUGGUGGUCAGCAAAAGGCCUACAUUGCAACCCAGGGUCCUAUGAUUAAUACAGUGAAUGACUUCUGGAGGAUGGUCUGGCAAGAGGAUUGUCCCGUGAUUGUUAUGAUAACCAAGCUGAAAGAAAAGAAUGAGAAAUGCGUUCUGUAUUGGCCAGAGAAGCGGGGUAUAUACGGGAAAAUCGAAGUCCUUGUGAACAGCAUUACUGAAUGUGAGCAUUAUGUCAUCCGAGAUCUUACUCUUAAGCACGAAGGCAAAUCUCAAAACAUAACACACUACUGGUACAAAUCCUGGCCUGACCACAAGACUCCCGACAGUGCUCAGCCACUGCUGCAACUCAUGCUGAAAGUGGAGGACACCAAACAGAAAUCCCGUGGUCAAGGACCUAUUGUUGUACACUGCAGUGCUGGGAUAGGCAGGACUGGCUGUUUUAUUGCCAUCACCAUCGGAUGCCAUCAGCUCAGAAAUGAAGGGGUGGUUGAUAUUCUGAGUAUCGUUUGCCAGCUGCGGGUGGACAGAGGAGGAAUGAUUCAGACCAGUGAACAGUACGGAUUUGUACAUCAUGCUCUGAGUCUCUAUGACAGUGAAGUCUCACCUGACGCCAGCCAGUGAAUCUACCAGAUAAUACUCUUCGUCCAGAUCAACCUUUAAUGCUAAUUCAUACGAGCGUAAGAAGGUAAAAGCAUACUUGCUACUAGAAAGUCUGGAAAUGGAAUCGCGUUGGCAAUAGGACGACAUGCAAAAAACUGAUGAAGCUAAAUAAAGAGGGAUGGGAAAGAGACUGUUUGCCAGACUAAGUGAAAAAGUCUAAAUGAAUGUGGUAUAUUUUCUAAAUUCUGUUAUAGAGAAAUGAAUCAAAAGUCAUGUGGCAUAUUAUCUGCAUCUAAUGUUCCUCAUGUUCAGUUCAACAGUACUUGCAAGUUCUAUGGUCUAUGAAACUAUGGAAUAGUGACACUGGUUGAAUUUGUUUGUGGGAGGCAAGAUCUAGGGAUUUGUACUGAAUGUUUCUGUAUUCCAAACUGACAGUAAUUUAUUGAUAUAUACAUAUGGAAAGUGCUAUUACAUAUGUGGUGAACUUUCUUUUUUUGCCACAUAAUUGUCUUGCUGCCGAAACACACAAGUGUUUAACUCAUGAGAAACUGUCAAGUACUGAAACUUUUAAAACUCUCUAAAUGUUUUAUAUGUGAUGUGGAUGCAAGUUUUUAUUUGUGAUAUCGUGUUAAAUUGUAUGCACAUUGAUAAUCCAAAAUAGCAGUCAAAUUGCACAAAGUUAAACGUAUCAUUCAAUGUGCUUUUGUGUCCACGAUUCUGUACUUUAUUGAGAUUGUCUUCAUGUAAGAGCUUCCUAGGUAUUGAGCAAACUUGUGAUUGACACUCAGCAUUAUUAGCUUCCUUUUUCUGUUGCUCUCUCUCUCUCUCAGUGUAUAGAUAUUAUAGUUACAUCUCUCUCUGCCUUUUAUAUAUAUCAACACAUACUGGAGGAACUCAGCAGGUCAAGCAGCUUCUAUUGAAAAGAGUUGACAGUCCUGAUCAAAGGUCUUGGCCCAAAAUGUUGACUGUUUACCCUUUUCCGUAGAUGCUGCCUGACCUGUUGAGUUCCUCCAGCAUCUUGUUUGUGUUGCUUUGCAUUUCCAGCAUCUGCAGAAUUUCUCAUGUUGAUUGAUAUAUAUAUAUCAAUAUAUAUGGAUAUACAGAUCCUUUAAUCAUGUUGUAUGUUGUGAAAUAGUGUGAUUUUUAUUCCUCUUGGCAGACAAGAAAUGCACUCUGUAAAUCUGUGGCAAUAUAUAUAGCAACAUAAUAAUAGAAAUCCAAAACCACGAAGUAUUGAUGUUGUUUGAACUGUUUGUGGCUAUUUGGCAGAUGUUCCAGUUGAGACAUAUUUCCAAUUCCUUUUAGUCAGAGCAGGAAAUUGUUUACAUUAAUAAGUUUUUUACAGAAAACAGUGCAAAACUCAGCACUGGGUAACUCAUGUUUUUAUUCUGCGCUGUUAAUUUAUGUGUAAAAUGACAAUAAA